GUUGGUUAAGCAAAACCGCCAGCUAACCCCUUCUCAACAGCGUAACCAAUCUUCUUUUUCAAUUUUCUCCUUCAAUGGCGGCUCUUCUGAGCUGAAUCGCUCGAACCCAUUUCAAGAAAUCGAAAAUCGCGGCGAGGGUCGUUUUGCGCCGCCCGAAAUGGUGGCGGAGAGCUCGGGAAUCGACGGCGGCGGCGGCGGCGGGGUUACUGUGAAAGUAGAGGCGGAAGUGGUUGUUGUGGAUGAGUGUGAUGAUGGUGGGAAUGGAGGGUUGAGAUCAAUGGAAGGGGUGAAGGGGGUGGGAGGUCCGGCGCCAUUUUUGAGCAAGACAUUUGCCAUGGUGGAUGAUCCUAACACGGACGCCAUUAUCGCUUGGGGAGCUUCUAAGAAGAGCUUUGUUGUUUGGGACCCACACAGGUUCGCCACCGAGCUUCUUCCCCAACACUUCAAGCACGCCAACUUCUCUAGCUUCGUUCGCCAGCUCAAUACCUAUAAAUUCAGGAAAGUUGAUUCAGGCAGAUGGGAAUUUGCAAAUGAAGGGUUUCAGAAAGGGAAGAAGCAUUUGCUCAAGUAUAUCAAGAGGAGGAGGCAACACAAUCAUCCCGCGAUGCAGCAGCAAGGAGGGGCGGAAAAUAGGGUAGGAGCUUGUAGGAAUGGGGCAGAGGUUGAGCUACACAAGCUUAGAACUGAUCAGAGCACGUUGAAGACGGAAGUGAUGAUGCUAAAGCAACAACAAGAGACAACAGAAAGUUAUUUGACCAGCAUCAAAGAAAAAUUAGAGCGCGCUGAGACUAGGCAAAAGCGUAUGGUAGUUUUCAUGGCUAAAGUGUUAAAGAAUCCCCUCUUUGUUCAGUGUUUGAUUGGGAAAAUGAAGCAGAAUGCUGCACUGAGAGGCUGUGAAGCAACGAAGAAGAGAAGAUUGGCUGCCUCAGAAAGCCAUGAACUUUUGGCGAAGGCCAGAAGUACUGCUGAUGACAUGAUUUUUACCACCGCUAAUGAAAGUGUUGAUGUGAAACCUCUCGUGGCUCAGGCAUGGGUAGAUGAUGAAUCAGGGGUCCCGAUGCUUUUCAACGCUGUCGAAUCAAACAGCUCGGUUGAGGAGCAACAGGCGAACGUUUUCUCUGAGGCAUCUAAUCCAGAGAUGAAUUGUGAGAAUUUCUUCGCGUGGGAGAAGCUCAUGGAGGAGGAGGAUAUGAUUUAUGAAAACAUAGUAACAGCUGAACACCAAAACAACAUUGUUUAUGAGUUGGAGGAUAUGUUGGCUGGAGACUUGGUGGAGCAAGACGACUGUCCUGGCUUAGUGCCACAGGCUAUCUGCAGUGAAGAAAGCAGUGUGGGAUCCCUCCUGGAUUAAUUAAUGGGUAUUCAUUCCUUGUGUUAAUUCUUUUCACAAGAGGAAGAUCUGGAAGUGAAGAAUUGAAAUUUACCUUUUGAACUUUGCUAAUGUCCCCCCAACAAUGUACAGGCUUACAGUGAGCAACAAUAAAGUAGUUUGUGAAUGCUAGUCCUUAUUACCCAAGUCAAAUUUUCUGUUGUUUUAAGAUCACUAGAGUAUUACCGAUCUAUGAUGCACAAAAACUCUCAAGGAUGAACAUGUAUUUUCACGUUUCAAAAGUGAAACUUACGGAAACUCGCCCAAUUAAUAUUUAUGUAUAUUUAAAGAAAAGACAUGUAAAUACGCGCUUUCUUUUA